AUGUCUUCGAAGAGUAUUGCCAAUGAAGAAUGUGCUAUGAUGCAGGAGGAGGAGUGGGAAGUGCUAAAGUCGAUCUACCCAGACGUAUGCAUAUCCAACGAUACUGGACCGUUCGGACGUGCGAUCAAGCUAGAGAUCCCGGUGGAACUCUCGCCCGCACGAAGUGUAACCAUAUUAUCACCUCAAAAUCACUCUCACACGAGCCCGCUCACUGCGCUCCCGCCUUUCUUACUUGCGUUGAUUCUUCCGCCAGAGUACCCGUUACGCGCACCACCCCGUAUUACGUCGCUGACGUGCACACAUGGAUGGUAUCCCAGUAGUGACCUGCAUAAGCAGCUCGCUGGGAUGUGGACUCAUGAUUCACAAGGGGUUCUCUAUGCCUGGGUAGCAUUCAUCAGCGGAGCAGAGUUCUUGGAACCCCGGAACAUCACGAUAAUUAACCCCUCCCCUUUGAUACUCCUUCCGCUGCUCGAAUCCUAUAAUGCCCAUGCCCAAGAUUCUGCAUUUGCUGAAACGUCGUUUCCCUGUGCGAUAUGUUUGUCUGCACGCAAAGGAAGACAUUGCGUUCGACUUGCAUGUACCCAUAUAUUCUGCCGUUCGUGCCUGUCAGAUUUCUGGGGGUCAUGUAUAAGAGAGGGGGAUAUCGGACGAGUCGUGUGUCCUGAUCCUGUGUGCGUGAAAGCGGGACACGAGGCUGGCGAGGAAGACAUAGCGAGGGUGGUUGACGAGGAAGAGGUGAGGAGGUGGAAGUGGCUUAGAGCCAAGAGGGCGUUAGAACGGGAUCCUGGGAUGGUGCAUUGUCCUGUAGCGCUGUGCCAGACGCCUGUGCCGAGUCCGGAAGAGGACGAAGAGAGCGGGUGGGGGAGGUUACGCACGUGUCCGAGGUGCGAGUUUGCGUUUUGUGCGUUUUGUAGACGAACGUGGCAUGGACCGAUCAACGAGUGUCCGUUGCAAGUGACAGAGUCGUUUGUGAUGGAGUAUGUGGAAUUGGCAGAGGGGGACGCUAGACGGGUUGAGAUUGAGAGAAGGUGGGGUAGAAGGAAUGUUGAGAGACUUGUUUUGAAGUAUGAAGAGGAUCGAUUGACUCGUGAGUGGAUUUCGAGGUGUAGUAUGAGUUGUCCUGGAUGCGGGGUUCAAGUGGAGAAGAGUGUGGGGUGUAAUCAUAUGACUUGCAUAAAGUGUCAACAACACUUUUGUUAUUUAUGCGGAGAGAAGCUACCAGCCUCAGAGCCAUACAAGCACUUCAAUACUAUAGGAAUGAAUUGUUUUGAAAAGUUGUUUGAUGAUAGUCUAGUCUAG